UAUUGUUCUUUUUAAAAGAUUAUAAGAAGAGGGAGGUUAAAGGAGGAGUUAAGUCAAGCGGGACAAAGGUGGGAGGUUAAGGGUUAGGGUUUUUAAAAAAGGAAAAAAAAUUGUACAGGCAAUCAGUCUUCACUGUCGCUUUCUUCUGAAAAAGUUUUGUUUUUCUGGUUAAGUGGAGGCCUGCUAUUUGAGUAUGAUAGAAGUCGAUGGAACUGAGGACCUUGAAUUUAAGUGGGGUAAAAAAAGGGGAAUGGGUGGGAAAAAGAGAGAUGUUCAGUUUUAUGAAUCAUUUACUUUUGAUGGUGUUGAUUAUGCUCUUUAUGACAAUGUUUAUCUCUACAAGGAAGGUGAACCAUUAUUGCCUUAUAUUGGGAAACUUAUAAAAAUAUGGGAGACUGCCGAUAAAUCAAAGAAAGUGAAGGUUUUAUGGUUUUUCCGACCAGACGACGUCUCAAAUUAUCUUGUAGAUGGAUUGGCACAUCCGAAUGAAAUAAUUUUAGGAUCUGGUGAUGGAAAAGGCCUUGUCAACGUUAAUCCAUUGGAAGCAAUUAGUGGAAAAUGCAAUGUAGUUUGCAUUUCAAAGGAUGGCAGAAAUCCACAACCUUCAGACAGAGAUAUCCAAAUGGCGGACUUUGUGUUUUACCGUACUUUUGAUGUUGGGCUGUGCGCUAUCUUCGAUAGGAUAGAUGAAAAAAUUGCUGGAACUGAAGUUAAAUUUAUUUUUAACCAACCUGGUUCUCUGAAGGCUUCUUCUGUCCAUAACUUUAGCGUGGAUGACAAAAAUGCUAGUGAAAAUGCUAUAGAAACAAAUGGAAGAGUGAGUUUGUCUAAGCCAAACUCAUCUGAGAAUCAAAUUCCUGAAGAUGAUAGACAAGUAGAACAGAAACCUGUGGUUGCAGAGGAUCUUACUCCCAAUGAUAGACAAGAGAAUGGCUUUAACUACAAAACUACUUCAAGUUUUAAAGUUGAAGAGAAUUCAGAUGUAAAAGUUUCAUCAGUUAAACCUAAUAUCUCCCUGAGAGAGAAGCCUGUUUCUGGUGUAGUUACAGACCCAGUUGGUUUGGCAAAAAGAGAUGACAGACAGGAAAAUACUUAUGGUAAUAAGACAGGUUUUAGAGGCAACAUUAAAGAAAAUGCAAACUCUUCUGUUGAGAAGAUGGGUAAUUCCAAUCUAAUCAAAGUUGAUGAAAAAUUAAAAUCCAUCAAGGAUACGAGUGAGUUGGAUGAGAGGCCAUAUAAGAAAGCAAAGCUUGAUGGUUCUGUGAAGGUCUCAAAUGACAAGGAAAGUUCAAGACAUCCUACAGAUCCUCAUCGGACAGCCAAAAACUCUUCCAAUAAGCUGAAAAUUGAUGAUAAACUCACAAAACCUACUAACUGCAAAACUCCAUCAAUGCCUCUGAAUGAUGGCAAAAGAACUGGUGACAAAGCUGUAGAAGUUACCCGUAUGCCUGAUUCUGAUAGGAGCAAUUGGUUUGGUGAAAUUCCUUGGGAAGAAAGAAUGCAAGAUGCACAUGAGCAAGGGAAACUUGUUCUGUUUCAAAAUUUGGAUCCAGCUUACACUUCAGCAGAUGUGGAGGAUAUAGUUUGGACUGCCUUCAAGAAAACUUGCAGAGCAAAGGUGGUGCAGAGGACUGCAUAUUCUAGCUCUCAUUCUGGUCAAGCUUUUGCUAUAUUCGAUACUAGGGAAGUAGCAAACGAUGUUAUUAAAAAAUUGAAUAAGGGAUGCUUGUUGCUGCCAAAUCAGAGGCCACUCGUUGCUCGCAUCCCAAAUCCCUGCUUCUCCAGGAAGCAGUUAAUAUUUGCGGGUCAUCUUAUUGUUGAUAAGCUCAAAUCCCUACGGGAGAUGAAAGAAGCGGUAUCUACUUCACAUUGUUCCCAACCCAACACACUUGAAUAUGAUAUGGCCAUGGAAUGGUGCUUACUGGCAGAAACAUCCGAUCUGUUCUGGAAAAAUCUAUAUGAGCAACAAUGGAAAGAGAUAAAAAGAGUGAAAGCCAACUUUAAGUCCAAAUGAGCGCUGAUGAUUUUGUCUUCCCCUAAUUUUGUUGUCAAGCUGUUGGAUGUGGGGAAACUUGGUUCCAGCUGUGUUGUCGAUGCACUUCAACUAGGUGAAGCAUUGUUAAAACUGAUGGAAUUUGCAAAAUGGAUGCCUGAGCUCUGCGAUUGUUAGGUAAUCACGGCAAAUUUUGGAAAGAGAAGUAAUUACGAUUUGCAGUUCAGUUUUAGCAUGAUGGUUAAAUCCUCUUGUAUAUGUAAAGCCUAUGGGGAUGUUGCGUAUUUGUCAUCGUAUACAACUUUGUUAUUUUUCUUAAGGUGCUUGUAAAUUAGUGAUCCAAGAGGGAAUGUUGUUUUUAAUGCGUAUGUUAUUGACGUGCCUACCACCGAAUUCACCGGUG